CAAAGGAAACUUGAACAAGUAGAAGGUGGAUGCCCUAGGCUCUGUCAUAAACACCUGGAUUCCAGCUGGGACUUGGAUUUGCUGGGGACACUAGCCAGAGAGACGGGACCAUGUGGCUGUCCCCAGCUCUGCUCCUUCUCUGCCUCUCAGGCUCUUUGUCCCUGACGGGCCCCAGCUCUGUGACAGGCACCUUGGGUGGCUCUCUGAGUGUGCAGUGUCAGUAUGAGGAAGAGUACCAGAGUUAUAAAAAAUACUGGUGCCGAGGGCAGAAUGAGGGCACAUGUGACAAUAUUGUGGAGACCCAGGGAGAAGCGAAAGAAAAGAAUGGUCGCGUGUCUAUCAGAGACCAUGCUGAUCGCCUCACCUUCAUCGUGACCAUGGAGAACCUCACUGCAGACGAUGCUGGAUCCUACUGGUGUAGAGUUCGGAAAACAUGGUACCUGGGCUUCUGGUCAUCUGGCACUUCAGUCCAGGUUAAGGUGUCUGUUUCCCCAGAAAAGGCCAUGAUGUUUCUGUCCUCGUCCAGCAGCGUCCACUUGCUACUCCUGGUCUUCCUGAAGCUGCCCCUGUUCUUGACAUUGGUGGGUGCUGUCCUCUGGGUGAACAGGCCUCUGAAGGGCCCUGGAGGAAGUCAGCCUGACAAAGAGAAGCCAUCACGUAGUGCACCGUCCCCAGGAAAGCCUUGUCCAGGAAUACAGCCCUUCAGACCAGAUAGAAGAGACCUUCAGACUCUGGACUCCAGGGCAGGGGGGCAGCAGUCCCUGGAUUCUGGAGGCACCUAAGUCUUCUGGAGAUAUUGUUCCUGUGUCUCAAGGGAGAAUCCUGGGUCUUGGAUGACACCUGCUGCAAGUGCUCAGCGUUCAUCGCCAUCGGACAUCAGAAUGCAUGGACAGAGUAUGGUGACAGUGACCUUGUGUGACUUCUGAGGCCAGGCCCAAAGGAACCCUGUAGCUCCAUCCUCCAUUUCUUGAAAUGUUUGUUUUGGACACUCUCCUUCUCAGAACCCAGGUCCACAUGGAGAAGCCU